AUAAAUUAGUAAAUAAUUAAUUAUUAUUUUUGGACUAGGAAAUCAACAUAUAUAAGAUCAUUUGAAUAAUCUUUCUUAAAUCUUUUCUUUAUAUUACAUUUAUGUGGAGCUAUUUCAUAUUUUUUUCACUUAUAUUUCUUUUAAAAACAGAAUCACAUAUAAUACAACAUAAUAAAACAGAUCAUAUAUUAUAUAAAAGAGCUACUACAGCAACACUUCUUACAGAAAACAUUAAGAAGCCAGAAGGCGAUCAUUAUUCUUAUAGAUUAAUUCAAUUAUCUAAUGGACUUAAAACCUUAUUAAUCAGUUAUCCAGAUUCACUGAGUGCAGGAGCAGCAUUGGAUGUAAAAGUUGGCCAUUUUAGCGAUCCUGAUGAUAUCCCUGGCGUUGCUCAUUUUUGUGAGCACUUACUAUUUAUGGGCACAAAAAAAUAUCCUGGAGAAGAUGAUUUUAGUGAAUAUUUGUUGACUCAUGCUGGAACUUAUAAUGCAUAUACCUCAACAGAAGAUACAAAUUAUUUCUUCUCUGUAGAACCUAAAUCUUUUGAAAAAGCAUUAGAUAUGUUUUCUCAGCUUUUUAUUUCUCCUUUGAUUUUGAAAAGAUCGGUAGAACGGGAAGCACAUGCUGUUGAUUUAGAACAUAAAAAGAACCUUCAAAAUGAUGCCUGGCGUCUAUUUCAGCUCGAGAAAUCCAUUUCUAAUCCAAAAAGUCCUUAUAGCAAGUUCGGUACAGGAGAUUACGUAACAUUAGUUGAAAACACAAGAAAGAAAGGAAUAGAUAUUGCAUCUGUAGUUUCUAAGUUUUUCUCAACUUAUUAUUCUUCAAAUUUGAUGAAACUUGUUAUUUUUUCAUCAGAAUCUCUUGAUAAUCUUGAGAAAUUAGCUGUUAAAUACUUUACUGAUAUUCCUAAUAAGAAUCUUGAAGUACCCAAAUUUACUGAAAAGCCGUUUGGGGCUGAUGUUAUUGGGAAACAAUAUUGGUAUAAACCGAUAGCAGAUUCAAAUUCAAUCGAACUCGUAUUUCCUAUUGAUACUCAAAGGAUGUUUUAUAAGUCUAGUCCUUCUGACUAUUUGAGACAUUUUUUAGAUCAUAGAUCAUAUGGUUCUGUUUUUUAUACUUUAAAUCAGCGGGGAUGGAUAACUGAUAUUAGUGUUUAUAGUGAAUAUAUAGUCUCUGAAACGGAUGCUCUUAGAAUAAAUAUAGGUCUUACUGAAAUCGGGCUUGAUAAUUAUGAAGAUAUAUUAGGAUUAGUAUUUCAAUUUCUGAGAAUGCUUCGAGACAACACUCCUAAUGAGGACUAUUUUAAAGAUUUGAUUAAGAUAGAUGAUGUAUCAUUUCGUUUUAAAGAUCAGCCAAAAUUAAUGUCAUAUGCUUCACACUUAGCAUCAGUUAUGCAGCUACCAUAUAUAGAAGAUGUGGACUUAUUGAGGUCUUCAUAUCUUUCUGAGUAUGACCAUAAACAGUUUGCAAAACUACUUAGUGUGUUACGUGAUGAUAAUUAUUUCCUUACCAUUACUUCCAAAACUAAACCCGGUUAUUGGGACUUAAGAGAACCUUGGUAUGGCUCGGAGUAUAAGGUUGAUGUUUUCAGUCAAACACUUUUGGAGAAAACUAGAAAAGAUGAUUUAAAUAUUUCUUUGAAAUUUCCAGAGAAAAAUAUCUUUAUUCCAGAAUUAUUUAUUAGAGCAAACGUUUCUACUCACAAAAAAACGAAACCUACUCUUAUGUAUAAUGAUACUAGACUCCGUUACUGGUAUAAGGAAGAUGAUACAUUUUCUAUACCCAAAACAUUUAUAUCUGCACUUAUUAAGAUUCCUGAUUAUUCUUCUUCGCCUUUUGAAACUGCUCAUUCAAAGAUCUAUCUUGAUAUGUUAAUUAAUCAUGUCAGUACGCAGCAUUAUAAUGCUAUUGUUGCUGGAUAUUCACUUACAAUAAGUGCCAUUGAUAUUGGGAUUUAUUUAUCUAUAUAUGGCUUUAGUGAUAAAAUACUUCUAUUGCUUGAUAAGGUUAUUGAAUCUAUGCGACUUUAUACUCCUUCUCUCGCCUCUUUUAUGUCAUCUAGACAGAAGUAUCUAUACAUGUAUGAGUAUGAUAAAGUUUCAAUGCCUUAUUCCAAGGUGUCACAAGUUUCUCUUGCUUUUCAUGAUCCAUUAUAUUGGCCUUCUUCAGAAAUGUUGUAUGCUAUAAAUUCAACGACUUAUGAAGAUGUCCAGGUUUUUCAUUCGAGGAGAUUUUCUUCCGUAUUUACUGAAGUAUUAGCAGUCGGUCUGCUUUCAAAUAGUACAAAAGAUUUACUUGAAAUAUAUUUUAAAGCCCUUUCUCCUAAGAAACAAUAUCCCUAUCAGAUUCUUCCUUCUCGAUCUUAUAUUUUUAAAGAAGGAAGCAAUUAUAUUUACGAAAUGUCAUUGUUAAACCCUCAAGAAGUGAACUCAGCAAUCCUUUAUUCUUUACAAGUUGGAUCUUCAAAAGAUUCAAAAUUAAUAGCAUUACUUAAUGUCCUCUUUAGUCUUAUUAGAUCAAGAGUGUUUAAUCAAUUAAGAACUGAGGAACAAUUAAGCUAUGUUGUUAGGGUUUCUUCGUAUACUUCAACCGCUCUAAUGAGUUUUUUUUUCGUUCUUCAAAGUUUGAGGGAUCCAUUUUAUUUAGAGCAACGUAUCAAUGCAUUUUUAUAUAGAUUUGCAGCUUUUAUUGAUACCAUUACUGAUGAACAACUUAAAAGUGUUGUUAAUACACUUCUUCCUUUAUUCUCUGGGAGGUAUACAUCCCUUCCAAAGGAGUCGGGUGUAUAUUUGGCUUCCAUUGUUUCAGGGUUUUAUGAUUUUGAUAUUAGGAAGAAGAUAUAUAGGUCUUUAAAGGGACUAACGAAAGAGGAUCUGAAAGACUACUUUUAUAACUAUUUCUACCCUGAUUCAGCUACUCGGAAGAAAUUAUCUAUUCACUUAAAAUCACAAACUUUAGAAUCGGUUUCCGUUCGAGAUUUCUCGCCAAGAAGGCUUCAAUAUUAUUUUAAAUGCAACGGAUUAGAUAUCUCAUUAGAAGAUCUUUCUGAUUUAAUAGAAAGUAGUCAUUUAUUAGUAGAUUUUGAAAAAGCGUUAAAGAAAUUCUUCACAAAUAAGUAUCCGCAUAAAGAUGUUUCUGAAAUAGUUUCUCAAGCUUUUAAAUAUCUUAAAGAAUUAUAUACAAAAUUAAAGAAAGAUGCUAUUAAAAAUUACGAUGCACAACAUUUUACUGAUUUAACUACAUUUAAGAAUUCUUUGAAAUUAUCACCUGUACCUCUUCCUGUAAUGAAAUGGUCUAGUUAUUAUUAAGUUGUGUAGUUUUAUUAGUAUUUAAAUUAUGUACUUUUAAGAUUUAGG